AUGCUAGCAACUUGCUUUCAUCAUCUUCUUUUUUGUUUUCUUUCUUUCUCCUUAUCUUCUUUUUUCGCUCUUUUUGUUCCCCGUUCCCCCGAUCGCUAUAUCUUAUCUUCUCCACACACUCUCAACUUUUUCAGCCGCGAACCUUUCAGUUACAUGGGAUUUACCGUAAAGCAGAAGAUAGACAUAUGUCUUAAGUCGGACGCCAACCCCCAGCUAACACAAGCUGAGCUUGCCCAGUGGGCCCAGAAGGAGUUUUCCACGUUGCAUCAGCCAUCCCAGACAACAAUUUCUCGAAUAUUGAGUUCCAAGAACGAACUCAUUGCAUCCAAAGAAACCCAAUUUCUGCUAGUACGACGGAAAAAACUGCAAAAUCCCCUUCUUCGGUCGAUUCUCUCUGAGUGGAUCACUCAGUGUAUUUGGGAGGGUAUUCCCAUAACGACGCCUGUAAUUCAGCUGACAGCUCUGUCGAUUUGGACUCGGCUUCCGCCUCAAGAGAAAGACGGGAAUGGCAUUUUCAACCACAAGUGGUGCUACGAGUUCAUAAAGAAGCUCGACAUCAACAUUACGGGAACAAAGGACGAAAUUAAUGCCAAUGAGGGCCACAAACUCAACAAGGUAUGGAUGAUGGAUGAGAAGGUGGACUUGAAGAGGUACUUGAGGGACAUCAUAAAAGCUGAAAAUUACUCACCAAGAGACAUUUUCACCAUCGAUGAGUUCCAAUUGUUCUACACGUUGCCUCUAGACCAGAUAUUUGACGUUUCUUCAGUCGAUAAAGGGCUUCGGCAAUCGGCCGCUUCCACUGAAAAAUCACUCACAAUUAUGCUUGGCUGUAAUGUCGAUGGAUCUGAAAAACUUCCACCGCUCAUAGUAGGUAGCCAUGAAUCGUUCGAUGCUUCGUGUGCUUCCGACCCAAAUUUCAAGAUGGCCCAUGCCGCUUCUACGCCCAAGUUACUCAGAAACAAAAUCUUGGAAGUUUACAACAUUUACUACAACUCCAACACCAACAAGUGGAUCACCUCCAGUAUGUUCUACGACUACCUUUUGACCCUAGACCACAAAAUAGCCAGCUUGCAACCCCAGCGCAAGAUUCUCAUUGUUCUAGACGACUCUUCGUCGCACCGGAUUAUCAACCUCAAGUUUGACCACAUUCGCUUGUGCUUCCUCAAGAACAACAAUAACCACAAUAACCCCUACAGUUCUCUGUACAGCGGCGUGAAAUUCGACUAUCUCCCAAUGAGCUACGGCAUCAUACAAGAAUUCAAGAUCUUGUAUCGAAUUCAGCAGUACUUGGAAAUGAUCCGACUCCAGGCCAGACGCUCUGAAAAAUCUACCUCGGAUAGUUUCUACGGUAACUCAGAACUAGACAAAAGCGAGGCACCCCAAUUGCCUGUGGGAACCCUCGAAGUGCUCUCGGAGUCCGACUACCAGAUACCCACCAUCAAAGUGAUCGAGUGGAUAUGGCGAUCGUGGAACUCGAUUUCCAAAGAAAAGAUUUUCAAUUCUUGGAAAAGAACAUACUUGCUUGACUUGAAGAACGACUGGGUAGCGCCUGCUCACGUUGACGUCGCCCGGACCAUUGUCGCCGAACACCAGGGACGGUCUCAAGACUCCAACGACCGCUCGUACUACAAGUUGCAAGAAAUCAUGAGCCACUUGAAUGUGGUGAUUCCAUGGGAAAUCGACGACCUUUUGGGUCUUGUGAACGAAAGGGCCAAAAUGACUUUGAGUUACGUUUCUAUCGAGGAGAUUAUAGGGAGCUGUCUUCUGGAGGGUUACCAUAAUGAUAAGCGAAAAGAUAGCACCUGGCUCACCGAUACGCAAAUUGCCAAUAGCGAAAUCCAAAAUCCAUUCAAUCGUCUCAAUGGCACUUUGAGUCCCAAUCUGGUGCUUGACAACGGAGUUGAAUCGCUUCUUGAGGGCCUAGGAGUUUCUGGAGAAAGCAACAAUUCCAACACCAUCGAUGCCUUGUUCGCGAUGGACGUUGAUGCGACGAAGUCACAAAUGGCAGCACCACAACUAGAGGACAAGACAGAUGGUGCUCCAGCGCCUAAGCGACAGCAUUUGGAUGAGUGGUCAACUGGCUGGACCCCGAAUCUAGACAUGGGAGUAAAUGCUAUUGAACUGGGUACGAGAGGUGAAUUAAAGUACUCGUUGCAAACAAUCCUCCAGGCUAAUCUCGGUCUUUCUGAAACUACCACUAACGAGCUUAAGCGCCAGCUUGAACAGGUAUCUCAAGCUGAGCAGUGA